UUACAAUUGCCCAGCAAUUAUUCCGAGAAAAAGUGUUGGAAAGUAUUGUUUUUACAGUAGAAGAAUUAUGCAGUGUUUGAGAUCAAGGAAAAAUAUGGUCAGUAGGGUUUUGGGUUGCGAAUUUAUGGUGUGUUCUUCAAGAUUUGAGGAAUGGCAUUGUCGAAUAUGUAUAUUGGGAAUGCAAUUUUAUGAGAAGAGCUUGGUUAUUUGAAGAAUGAUUUGGUGGAUGCUCGAAGGGUAUUUCGAAAACAGAGUUAGUUGUGUUCUUCUUCUGGGGAGUUUUUUGCGAAAAUAUGAAGGAGAUGAUACCCAUGAAGCAGGCAUCUGGUAAUUUAUUUUCAAGAAACCCUUCUGCUAUAAAUGGCGGAGAACAGCAGCAGGAGGAUUUUCAACAAAAAUGAAAUUGCAGAAGAUUGGUGUUUUCAAUGUAAAGAUGGAGGAGAGCUCAUGAUUUGUGAUAAUGGGGGAUGUUUGAAAGCUUAUCACCCUAAAUGUGCGGGCGUAGAGGACUCAGUUUUGACAAGUGAUGAACCUUGGAUAUGUGGACGACAUACAUGCUUAAUUUGCAAAGGAAAAUCAUAUUAUCACUGUUAUUGUUGUAUAAGAGCUGCAUGCUCGAGCUGUAUUGGUCUUAUCGAUUUUGUCCAUCUUAAAGGGAGGAAUGGAUUGUGCAAUAAUUGCCUAAAGCUCGCAUUGCUUGUGGAAGAAGACAAGAAUAUUGAUUCUGAUGGGGAAAAAGUAGACUUCAGAGAUUGUGAAACACAAGAGGGCCUUUUCAGGGAGUAUUACGAGAUAGUAAAGGAAAAAGAAGGAAUUGACAAAAAUAAACUUCUUGCUGGUAAGGCUCAACUAGACAAGGAGAAGAUAUGCCAAAUUAGCUCUUAUUCAGAUAAACGUUGUGAGAAACAGGAUGAGCAGCUUUCUUUAGACAAUGAAGAUUUCAACGAUGGAGAACCUCAGAAGAAAAAGCUUAAAAUGAAAAGAUGUACACAGCAGAAAACAAAGACGCAAAGCAAAGUCAUCGACAGCCUUGAACAAAACAAAAUAUCCUCAAUUUGGUAUUCAACUGCACCACAAAGUCAAUUUGCAGCCUUGAUUCCUGAAAAUAUCAAACUCGUUUACCUGAAGCGGAGCUUGGUAAUGGAGUUGAUCAAGCAGCCUGAGUCAAUUAAAACCAAGAUUAUAGGAAGUUUUGUUCGGGUCAAGUUAGAUCCACGUGAUUCUGAGCAGCAUAACUCUCAUCAGCUUAUGCAAAUUACAGGAGUGUUCUCAGGGAUCAAGCUUGGAUCAAGUGAUACGUGCAACAGCGAGAGUUUAAUUGAAGUUUCAAAUAUGGCAACAGAUGUUAGCUUGACCAUGCUUUCAGAUGCUGAGAUUUCUGAGGAAGAUUGUGAUGUGCUCAGAAAAAAUGUUAAAGCUGGGCUUCAAAAGAAGCCUACAAUUGUGGAGCUUGAACAGAAGGCUAAAAUCCUUCACGAGGACAUCACAAAGCAUAGGAUUGCUCAAGAGCUGGAAUUGUUGCAAAAACUCAUUGAUCGAGCAAAUGAGAAAGGACGGAGAGAGGAAUAUCCUUUUUUCCUUCUUUUUUGGGUGACUAAAUUUAUCGUAUUUGACAGAACGCCAAACCAGCCCCAAGGAUGGAAAAUUUAGCACAGAUUUGGUAGUAAGCUUCUGUGUUUGGUCACCUGCAUUACUUUCUAUGAUCACCAAUUUCAUCUUAACCCCUAUGUUCCUCUUUUAUCAUCUCAUCCUUCAUUCCCUAAUUUUGUCUGUGUGUACUGUUGUCUCGAUGUUCUUCAUCCUGGUCCAUUCUGCAAAGAAAGGAAAGUGUUUCCU